AUGCCUAAAGGCCAUUGUCAUAGCUUGUGCAUGGUGGAGAAGUUCAUUGGGUUCUCGGGCAUUAAGCUGCAGAAACUGAUGGCUGAGUCUGGGUGGAAAACGAGAGCGAGAGCGAGAUCGCGAGAGAGACAAAAGGCAGACGAGAAGACAAGACGAGAGCGAAAACGGGACCGAGACCGACGCGGAGACCGACGCGGGGGCCCAACUUGA